AUGCAGGCCAUUCUGGCCGGAGUCAGCACAAAUCUAGCAGAUGCCCUUGCUGCCUCGUCACUGCCUGGGGCUCCGUCCUAUGUAGCCCCAGCUGGCUUCCCGACUAGCGCCUUCUCAUCUUAUUAUUAUCUUCCUGCAGAGCCAACCCAAGAGCCGCAACCAAUCAUUCAUGAUCCUAUAUUAAAUAUCACAUUCCCUUAUGACUUGACGAACCCUGAUACCAUCCCUAAGGAAAAUAACGACCCCGUCUACUUCCCAGAGCCAUCUGCAAACUUAUCGGAGCAUCAACAGCAGGCAUUGGUUCACAGAGUAGUGGCCAAUGUCACCCGUAUUAUAACUGCGAAUAAUACGAAUAGUAACUGCACCACUUGCAAGGCAGCUUUGGCUGCGGCUAAGCCGGCUGCUUUGUUUGCGCCAGUAGUAGUGCCCGAAACGUUGAUCUCUCUAUGCAAAAAGUUCAAGUUCGCUUCAGACGACGCAUGUGAGGAGAAAUAUACGGCGAGUGCCUUUGGUGCGAUCUGGACUCAGGUUCUAGCCUAUGCAGACGUUCAGGGUCUGGACGGCGACUACAUAUGCAAUUCCCUCAGCAGCACUUUCUGCAGUCAGCCUGUGACGAACCCAUUAAACGUGUCAGAUUGGUUUCCAAAGCCGAAACCGGGAAGUCCACACGUUCCCAGUCCUAGUGGUGAGCGGAUUAAGGUGUUGCACUUGUCUGAUUUUCAUCUGGACCCACGUUACUCCGUGAAUUCUGAGGCGAACUGCUCGUCGGGCAUGUGCUGCCGAAGCAAUCUAUACAACUCGUAUUCAGAGGACCAGGUUCUCCUUCCAGCUUCUGUCUAUGGAUCGUACAAAUGUGAUACACCAUAUGACCUUGGCCUUGCCGCCCUGGAAGCUGUUGGUCCUUUGACUGGAACUGACAAGGACAAGAAUCCUCUAGCCUUCACCUUAUAUACAGGAGAUUUAGUCUCACAUGAUGACCCGGCUACUCAAGUUGAUCGGGCCUAUACCCAAUAUACGGAGACUAGUGUAUACGGUAUGCUUAAGUCGUACCUCUCAGGUCCAGUCUUCGCUGCUUUGGGCAACCACGACACUAGCCCUGAGAACAUUGAAUCUCCACACAGCCUUCCAGGACCAUUGGGCCAGCAACAGAGUUGGAACUAUGAUCAUGUUGCAGGGCUGUGGCGGCACGAAGGGUGGAUUGAUGAGGCCGCUGUCCAGGAAGCCAAGCUUCAUUAUGGGGCAUACAGCAUUAAAACCCAUUAUGGGUUGCGCGUUAUCACGUUCAACACAGAUUUCUGGUACAAGUCUAACUACCUGAACCUUAUCAACACGACAAACCCUGACAACUCUGGAAUCUUUGCUUGGAUGAUCUCGGAGCUUCAGGAAGCAGAGGACCAUGGCGAGCGUGUUUGGCUUGUUGGACAUGUUCUGUCCGGAUGGGAUGGGUCUAAUCCUCUCCCUAAUCCUACGAAUCUCUUCUACCAGAUUGUGGACCGCUACUCCCCUCAUGUUAUUGCAAACAUAUUCUUCGGUCACACACAUGAAGAUCAAUUCAUGGUAUACUACGCGAACAACGGCACAAUGCAGAAUGCCGAAAAUGCUUUGACCACUGGCUGGAUUGGGCCCAGCAUAACACCUCUGACAAAUCUAAACAGCGGUUUCAGAUUGUACGAAGUGGAUACAGGGGACUUCAACAUCUACGAGGCAUACACCUUCUUUAGCAACGUGUCUGAUUUCAGCUCUCUCACGGAGACGGGACCUGUAUAUCAGUUCGAAUAUUCUACGCGGGACACGUAUGGCUCUGCCGCUGGGUGGGACAAGGAGGCCCCCCUGAAUGCAACAUUCUGGCAUCAGGUUACCGAGGCUAUGGAGAGGGACGGAGACUUAGUAACCCUGCAGAAUGAACUCCAGGGUAAGAUGAGUGUCAAGAGUCCCAAGUGCACGACUGCGGAUUGCUGGCAAGCCAAGAUCUGCUACAUGAGGAGCGGAAGUGUGGCCCUCGGCAAGCAAUGUGCUCAAGGGUACGGGUCUGUGCAAAGCGCAUUUAAGCCAUCCACAAAGUGA